AUGGCGGGCUCAAUCGUUGAAGCUCUUAUCCAGCUGACCGACGCCAACCGAGUUUGCCUCAACAUCUGCUGCUCCCCCGAUGGCUUCGCCUUCCUCGAGCGCAACUUCUCAAUCGGCUGCAUCAUAAUCCAGCACAACAAAUCACUUCCAACCAAGCCAGCUAUUGACUUCAAGGAGAAUGAGAGUGGAGGGGCACAGGAGAAGGUACAGGCUCCUGUUGUUGCUGGUUCUCGACGUACAGUCAACUUCUCCUAUAACCCAAAUGAUACUGAGAAGCUUCUUGAGACCGCCGAGAUGUUUGCCAACGUGAAGAAGGCCUUCCUCAUAGGCAAGGCUUAA